CGCAUCAGCUUCGUUUUCCCCUCUCCUCCCCUCUAAACCCCCCCUCCUCUCUCUCUCUCUCUCUCUCUCUCUCUCCAAUCACGACGAAUCCAACGCCGAAUCCGAUCCAAGGAGAGGGGAAGGAGACGAUGCGGUAGGUGUAAUCGGAGCUAGGGCUUCGUUUUCUCCGGAUUUCGUCGAUCCCGUCGCGAUCCGCGGCGACGACUUUCCGGAUCUGAGCCUCCGAUGGCGACUCCGCAGCAAGCGCCGGAUCAAGCUGAUGUGAAAGGGUCAGCGGAACCAUUAUCUAUAGACUCUAAUCAGAAAGCUGUUGAUGCUGCGAGCUCUCAAGAGCAGCCUCUUUCUGAUCAAGAUGAGCAAACAAGGACAUCCGAUGCUUCACAUGAAGCAAAUACAAUCGAUCUAUCUAGAGAUUCCCAAAUCAAGAUUGGGUCUCACAGUGAAGGUGGAGAACAUAGUAGUGUUGUCCAACUACCAAAUGUUAGUGCUUCUCAGGUGCAAACGGUCCUAUAUGCAGGAUAUGCUAACCCUGCAGGCGAGUGGGAAGACUAUCCCCAUUAUUUGAGCGUUGAGGGCUUGGAAAUUGGAUCAGCUGGUAUGUACAAUGAGAAUCAUUCCCUUCUCUUCCAUACCGGCUUCGGAUUCAGCCCACAAAUGCCUUAUGGGCCCUAUUCGCCUGUCACAACUCCGCUACCUUCAAUAAGUGGAGAUGGCCAGCUCUACUCUCCUCAGCACUUCCCGUUCACAGCUCCUUACUACCAGCAGCCUCCGGGCAUGCCGUAUAUGAAUCCUCCAUCUCCGAUGUCACAAGCUGACCCAAUGAUGCCCGUCGAUCCUCAAGGAGCUUUUCUCACUGAUGCUUUGAGUUCAAGUAGCUUGCUUUUCGGGCCGAGACCGGGUUAUCAUCUAUCCUAUGGUUCUUUUGGUAGAGAUUGGUCGAAACCAUCGGAUGGUUCUGGUUCUGUAACUACACUGCCGUCACCUGCAGCUUCACCGCAGCCAAUUGGUGCUCCUGGUUCAUUUGGACAGAGUACCAUUCCUGCGGCUUCUGGAAUGGCUUCACAGCAUCAAAAAUCUUUAUAUGGUUUCGGAUCCUCCAAUAGCUCCUAUGAAAGAGGGUAUUCUCACAGUGGGUUGUAUCAGCAUGUCGGUAAUUUCGUGGGGUCCACUCCAAGCUUGGGCAUGAAUAACCGAAAUUCAAUUGCCGUCGACAAAGGCAGGAGACGAGGAAAGGGGAGUGCUUUGGUAUGCAGCUGCAAUGGGCCUCUCGACUUUCUCAAUGAGCAAAGCCGAGGCCCACGGGCCACUAGACCCAAGAAGCAAGCUGCAGAACAGGAUUCCUUGCCAGAGAAUAAAAGGGACAAGCCCAUUACGGGAGUAAAUGAAGAGUUGUACAAUAGUCCGGACUUUCCUACGGAGUAUACGAAUGCCAGGUUUUUCAUAAUAAAAUCAUACAGUGAGGAUAAUGUCCAUAAGAGCAUCAAGUAUGGUGUUUGGGCCAGCACGGCCAACGGGAACAAGAAGUUGGAUUCUGCUUUUCACGAGGCGAAGGAGAGAGAAGAUCCCUACCCCAUUUUUUUGUUUUUCUCGGUAAACGCGAGUGGUCAGUUCUGCGGUGUCGCCGAGAUGGUUGGACCCGUUGACUUCGAGAAGAGCGUGGACUAUUGGCAGCAAGACAAGUGGACCGGCCAGUUCCCCGUCAAGUGGCACAUCGUGAAAGAUGUCCCGAAUAAUCUGUUCCGUCAUAUCAUUCUCGAGAAUAAUGAGAAUAAGCCUGUAACCAACAGCAGAGAUACGCAGGAGGUUAAACUGGAACAGGGUCUAGAGAUGCUGACUAUUUUCAAGAACCAUGAGGCCGAGAUGUCUAUCCUUGACGACUUCGAGUUCUACGAGCAGCGGGAGAAAGCCAUGCAAGAGAACAAGGCGCUGCUGCUGCAGCAGCAACAGCAGCACCAGCAGCAGCAGAUAUCAGCCAACUCAGUCGCGGGCCAUGGCGACCGCAUAAGCCACAUCACCAAGAGCUUUGCUCAAGUUGUCCGGUUAGAAGAGGCGAACAGCAGAGGCCAGUUAGCCGACAAAAGCGCCUCGCUAAACACUUCCGCUUCGGCUGCCACGCCCGAAGAAGCCAAGAAGCCGAAUGCCGCUGCUCCGAAAGAAAGCAGUUAGAGAAGAAGUCGCCUCAGAAGCUUAUUUUUUUCAUCAAUGCCUUUCUUUCAUCUUCUUAGGAAGAGAAUUGGGAAGCUAAAAUCGGCGGUGGUUGCGCGAGUUUGUGAGAGAAAGCAAAUGAUGGUAGGACUAGUUUCUUCAAAGGGUGGCGGCAGCUGCAGUGGCAGUUCAGUUUGUAUACUACACAUAGCCUUUCCACCAUUCUCGGGCUCUAAUUGUAGUCCUCUUUAAUUCCCUUCUCA